ACUCCGUCUCUGUCAGGUGGGUAGGGAUACACUCAGAGGGUGUGUGUGUGUGUGAGUGAGAGACACACACCCAUCUUUGGACUUCAUAGUAGUGUUUGACUUGCCCUCUGACUGUCUAGCAUUUUCAUUCAUUGCGAGUAGUGGUUUUUCUCCAGUCACAUUCUUCUGCCCGUUGAGGUUCUAAAAGAUGCCUUACAGUUCCACGCUCAGGGGUGCCGGCACGGCCCGCAAGGCCGAGAGCACGCAGGCGGACGGGCGCUCCUUCGAGGAGAUCCGCCAGGACUGCCUGCGGAGGAACGUUCUGUUUGAGGACCCAGAUUUCCCCGCGGCGGACUCGUCACUCUUCUACAGCCAGAGCGUGCCCAUCAACUUUGAGUGGAAGAGGCCAAAGGAGAUCUGUGCGAACCCCAAAUUCAUCCUCGGCGGAGCGAGCAGGACAGACAUAUGUCAAGGACAGCUGGGGGACUGCUGGCUCCUGGCGGCCAUCGCCUCUCUGACCCUCCGUGAGGAGACCUUGGCCAGAGUCGUGCCCCACGACCAGGACUUUGACCAUGGAUACGCCGGAAUCUUCCACUUCCAGUUCUGGAAGCACAACCAGUGGCUGGACGUGGUGGUGGAUGACCGUCUCCCUGCUGUGAGGAACAGCCUGGUGUUCGUCCACUCCGCCGACAACAACGAGUUCUGGAGUGCCCUGCUGGAGAAGGCCUACGCCAAGAUCCACGGCAGCUACGAGUCUCUGAAGGGGGGCAGCACCAUGGAGGCCAUGGAGGACUUCACCGGCGGCGUGGGUGAGAAUUACGACACCAAGAAGGCCCCCGACAACCUCUUCCUCAUCCUCAAGAAAGCCCAUGACAGGGGCUCCAUGCUGGGCUGCUCCAUCGACAUCACCAGCUCUGCGGAGUCCGAGGCCCGCACCUCCACGGGACUGGUCAAGGGCCACGCCUACUCCAUCACUGGGCUGGAAGAGGUGAACUGCGGUGGGCGCAAGGUUCGCUUGAUUCGGGUGAGGAAUCCUUGGGGGCAAGUGGAAUGGAAUGGCCGCUGGAGCGACAAAUCCAGAGAGUGGAAUAUGAUUGACAGAUCGGACAAAGACCGUAUUCUGAGGCACGCCGGGGACGACGGCGAGUUCUGGAUGGAGUUUGAUGACUUCAGGGCCAACUACGAUAAGGUCGAGAUCUGCAACCUGACCCCCGACUCGCUGACGGACAACGUUAAGAGGAAGUGGGCGGUGAACUUCUUCGAGGGCAACUGGAUCAGAGGCUCCACCGCUGGAGGCUGCAGGAACUUCAUAGACACGUUCUGGACGAACCCGCAGUUCCGGCUGACCCUGGAGGACGCGGACGACGAGGACGACCAGUGCAGCGUCAUCGUGGCCCUGAUGCAGAAGAACCGGCGAGCGCUCCGGAAGGAGGGCAUGGACAUGGAGACCAUCGGCUUCGCCAUCUACGAGGCCCCUAACGACGACGAGCACCUGGGGAAGGACUUCUUCCGCUACCACCCGUCCAAGGCGCGCAGCCGCACCUACAUCAACAUGCGCGAGGUGUCGGAGCGCUUCACGCUGCCCCCGGGCAAAUACGUGCUGGUGCCCACCACCUUCCAGCCGCACCACGAGGCCGACUUCAUGAUGCGCAUCUUCUCCGAGAAGCAGGCCAAGGCCGUAGAGAUGGGAAACCAUAUUGAUGCUGACUUGCCAGACCCGCCCAUGCCCAGUGCCCCAGAGGAUGAGUCGGAUGAGGAGAAGGGCCUGAGGAGACUGUUUGAGCAGAUCGCCGGCAGUGAUCAGGCCAUCAGUGCCAGGGAGCUCCAGCAGGUCCUGAACGGUGUUUUGAGUAGACGGAAAGAGAUCAAGUUUGACGGCCUCACUCUCAACACCUGCCACAGCAUCAUCAACCUGAUGGAUGUGGACAACACGGGUACACUUGAAUUUCAGGAGUUUAAAAUCUUCUGGGAUAAACUAAAGAAAUGGAUUAUGCUGUUCCUCUCCUUUGACACGGAUCGCUCUGGCCGCAUGUCUUCAUAUGAGCUCCGCAGUGCUCUGAAAGCUGCAGGUAUGCACCUGAAUAACAAACUGCUCCAGCUGCUGGGCCUGCGCUUCGCAGACGACAACUUCGACAUCGACUUUGACGACUACCUCACCUGCAUCGUGCGUCUAGAGAACAUGUUCCGGGUCUUCCAAGCACUGGACAAGUUCAAGAGAGGAGAAGUCACUAUGAACAUGACACAGUUCCUUUUCUUAUCAAUGAACGUCUGAAGGACACAGCAAGAACAGCAAAUACAACUCAAAACAAUCCCACCAUUGACACGCAAGGACACAUGGCAUUGUUUGACUACAGGCCGGCUACAGCCAUGAAGAAACAACAUAUCACUUUGCAUAUCAGAAUGUCCUGUACUGUUAUUGUUUUGUCAGUUAUUGUUCUGUGUUUCACCCUGUACUGACUUUCCCCUCAGAAAUGCUUAUUUAGUCUACAAUCUUGUAUCCUUCUUAUUGUUUAUGUAUAGUAAACAAUAGUGGAAAAAGAGAGGUACAUUGAUGUAAUGGUCGUUGACUUGAUUUAUUCUGAAUUAAACUUUUCUUUUGCCUUUUCCAAAGAGCAUUUGAGAUUACACUUUUGUUGUAGUUAUAUAGCAUCAACGUUUGUUUUGUUAAUGGUCACUUCAGGUUUACACAUUAAAGCCCUUUAAUAAAUCAUAUAAAUAUAUGAUCACAGUAUUUUAGGAACACAACACUCACAAGACAUGAAGACUGUGAACCUUUGAUUGUGAUCUGUGAGAGUUUCUGACUGCUUUACCAAUUAUUUGGGGGAUGUUUGGGGCUAUUUUUGAAUAAAGGCUGAAAACAGA